CAUUGUUGUUUACUGCAGUUGUACACAGUUCUAGUCGUUUCUGGUCACGGAUUUAUUGAAUGUAAUAUAUACAAGCAUAUCAACAUAUCUUGUCUAAGUUAGCUAGCUUAAUUUUUGCGCCUCGUUGCCUUUUCCGAUUUCUUUUACAGUAACGUGACGACGAGCUGUGUAGGACCCACUGUUAAAAUAAAUUGUAGCACUUAUGUAGCUAGCCAGCUGCGUGUUUGAAAGCAGCAUGGCGUCAAUUAGCCAACACUGUACGUGUUGCUCCCACGACUUGACAAACCCCAGCGUGCACCAGACACUGGAAGAGAUGGAGUUUGAAAGAGGCAUCUGGUCUGCUGCCCUGGAUGGUGACCGUGACAGAGUACGUUCAUUCCUUGACAAGGGGAUAGAUCCUAAUCUCAGAGACCAGGCAGGCUACACUGCAUUGCACUAUGCAAGUCGCAGCGGAAGCGAGUGCGUGUGUGCACUGCUGCUCAGCAGGGGAGCGUGCAUGAACCCUCGGACCAGAGGGGGAGCCACUCCUCUGCAUCGCUCGGCCUACUGUGGGCAUGUGGGCAUCGUCAAGCUUCUGCUGGAUUCUGGGGCAGAUCCCAUGUUGUGUGAUGAUGACGGCGCCUCCCCCCUGCAUAAGGCUGCCGAGCAGGGCCAUGAGGAAGUGUGUGAGCUGCUGGUGGAAUGCUGUCCUUCUCUAAGAGACCUGAAGAACAAGAGAUUGCAAACAGCUUAUGAACUGGUCCAGCGGGGGGCGCCUCUGUGUGAGCUUCUGAGACCUACAUUGGAUGCGUGAUGAUCGACUUACCUCCUGUUUUGUAUUAAGUACCAUUGCAACUUCUGUAUCCAGCUUACACAUCUGGACAUAGACGGUCUUGGGCAGAACCUACUGAAUGUUAGCUCAAGGUUUUGGACAAGGCAUCAAAAGCAGGCCACCGGGGGGAGGUUUGCACUGCUUAGAGGUGAAUCCUGACAUGAAUUUCAUAAAUUUGAGGUUUUAGCCCUUGAGCAAGGACUUUUAACACCAGUUGAUCCAAGAGUGCUGGACACUGACUGGCCCUGUGCUCUGACACCGAAACAUUGCUCUUACCUGUAUGUGUGUUGGUGUAUUAUGGAGAGUGAGAUGGAAUAGACGAAAACAGUUUCCCGUAAGAGAAGAAUAAAGUAUCACUAUUUUAAUUUAGUCCUGUUGCGCUUGUGGUUUUGAAAAUAACUAUUUGAAGGUCAGGAAACGGGUAAAAUACUCAUGCCAAGGAAUAGAGAUGCUCAAGUUAAUAUCACUGGGAGGGGGUGUUUAGUGUUGUGUAGACUUUUUUUUCUAGAUUUUUCAAAUUCAAAAUUUUCAAAUACUUCUUACCACCACCUGAGGGCAGCAGUCUCCCACUUUUAGGUCUGUUUUGGACUCAAAGCUGAAGCAGCAGCAGGGGGCCAUCAGAGGCAUGGCUUACAACCACCUUACGCCUGUACAUGACUAAAGCUUUAGGGUGCAGACUGCGCUCAUAAAUACUGAUGAACUCAAUGAUACAAAAACCAACCGCAUUUCCUGUUUUACCGUUGCGUAAGUAAAGCGGUAAAGAUAAACACAUUUGCCACAUGACAGAUUGGAAGGCUGUAUGGAAAAGGAGCUACAUGUAUGCUUUUAGAAUUCUUUAAAAAUAUUAGUGGAUCUUGAUGGAACAAAAGACCUAAAUCUAAGACUCCCGCCUGGGGCCGGACAGCACCACUGUUACUUUGGAGGGGUGGUUGGAAGGAACCAAAGAGAGGGGGGUUGUUCUGUAAGUAACUUUACCAAGCCAGUCUCCUGAUGCUAAUCACUGCUUUCUCUGCAUUAAGAUGUAGAACUUGGCCCACUUGGUCUGCAUCCUGCAUUAAAAGUAUGUGAGACGUUCUUUA